UUUCACCUUCUUAUAAUGCAUGCAUCCUCCAUCAUUCUUUUGCACAAUAUAUAUAUAUAUACAACACAUAUAACUUGUGCUAUAACCCUAACCCUCUGGUGCUAUCUCUUUUGUUAUUUCUUAAUCAAUGGAGAAACAUCAAGUGUUGUCCCCUAUUUCAUCUUCAUCAUCUACUUCUCCAUCUGACUUUAAACUUGGUGAUCACAAUUCUAAUGCUCAUGUCAAAAAGGCAGGUUUAUUAAAAACUCAAAGGCCAAGCCUGAAAGGUGGCAAAGAAAUCAAGCAGCACAGAUAUGCAUUUCAAACAAGGAGUCAUGUUGAUAUACUGGAUGAUGGGUACCGGUGGAGAAAGUAUGGGGAGAAGUCCGUGAAAAACAAUAAAUUUCCUAGAAAUUACUACAGAUGUUCUUAUCGAGGUUGCAAUGUGAAGAAACAAAUCCAACGCCAUUCCAAAGACGAAGAGAUUGUGGUAACAACCUAUGAAGGGAUACAUAUUCAUCCUGUGGAGAAGUCAACUGAAAGCUUCGAGCAGAUAUUGAGAAACCAUCACAUAUACAGCCUAACUCUAUAAUUAGUGUAUCUCAAAUGUUAGAAUAGGGUGACAUGGAUGGAAACAAAUGUUAUCUCAAAGAUCUAGUUAACUGUAGUGGAUAUAAACAACAUUUCAAUUUAUUUUCAGUUUGAAGUUCUGAAAUUUCGAUUCUUUAGACUAAAAGAGAAAUGUAAGAAUAUCUCAAUAUUUUAAUUGAUUUAUUCUAUUUCUUUUACAUGUA